GUGCUGGUGUUCAAUUGUGACGAAGGGAUUGAUGUGCGCUCAAUGGGUCGUAUACUGGUCGGUAUCGUCAAAUGCGGUGCUUGGGGUUGUUUUGAUGAAUUCAAUCGGCUGGAAGAAUCGGUUUUAUCUGCCGUGUCUAUGCAAAUUCAGGUUAUUCAGGACGGAUUGCGCUCAAAUUCCACACACAUCAAAUUACUGAAUCGAAGCGUCAGUCUCGAUCCUAAUUCGGGCCUGUUUAUUACCCUCAACCCAGCCGGUAAGGGUUAUGGUGGACGUCAGAAAUUGCCGGAUAAUUUGAAGCAGUUAUUCCGUCCAGUGGCCAUGACUCAACCGGAUGUAGACUUAAUCGCAGAGAUGAUUCUAUUCGCAGAAGGAUUUCACCAAGCUCGUGAGCUGGGUCGAAAACUGGUCUCUGUAUUUGCUCUGGCAAAGCAACUUCUGUCAGUGCAACAGCAUUAUGACUGGGGACUUCGGGCUCUCAAAACAGUGUUGCAUUGUGCCGGAUCGUUGUUGCAAUCACGAUUAAGACAUCGGGCCGCAGACGCGCAGUGCGAGGACAGAGAGUGUGAGGAGACCGUGCUGAUCAUUCGCGCCGCACGUACUAACACAUUGGCCAAACUGACCAGUGCAGAUGCCAUACGAUUUGAAGCAUUACUACGGGAUGUGUUUCCCGACCCCAAACUCCACGAAUCCCACGAAGUGGAAGAUGAAAUAGCUCGACUCACCGAGGCAUUGCAUACAGUGGUUCAAGAACAUCAAAUGGUUCUGGUUGACGCUCAAGUCCGUAAAGCUCUCGAAGUAUACGAACAGACGGUGCAGCGAAUGGGUGUUGUUCUGGUUGGUCCAUCUGGUUGUGGAAAAUCAACCGUGAUUACUUUGUUGCGUUUGGCUUUAGCUAAAGUCGGGCAUCCGGUUCGGUACCAUGUGUUCAAUCCGAAGGCUAUGCUUCGUGUACAACUCCUCGGUCGGAUUGAUUCAGACACGCGUGAAUGGACUGACGGAGUGCUCACUCACAGUGCUCGAGCUGUGGUCACAGAGGAUACUGCGGAGAUAUCAUCACCGGAGUACUCACUGCACGCCCGCAAGCAUUCGGAUCCCGAUUUGGAGAAUUCCGGAUUUAGGCAACUUUGUUGGAUCGUGUGCGAUGGUGACAUCGAUCCGGAGUGGGUGGAAUCUUUGAAUUCGGUAUUGGACGAUAACAGACUGCUCACAUUACCUAGUGGCGAACGCAUCCAAUUUGGACUCAAUGUGAAUUUCUUGUUUGAGACGCACGAGCUUACACAGGCCAGUCCAGCAACCGUAUCUCGUAUGGGUGUGGUCUAUGUGAGCGAUGAGGCAACCGAACCGAAAGCUCUGGUUGGCGCUUGGUUGGCCCAACAACCGGAGUCGGAUCGGGGAAAAUUGGAAGUGCUACUCAAUCCGGCAUUUUAUCAUUGUCUGGACUGGGUCUAUAAAAAGAAAGAAUUCGUGGUUGAAACGAGUCCUGCAGCGACAGUAUUCAACGGCCUGUCGCAUCUGGUUGGAGCUGUGACGACAGCUAAGCUCACAGUUGGUCUAAUUCGUGGACUAGGAGCGAAUUUGACCGAUGCCGCUCGAGAAGCACUGGCUAACCUCGUAUAUGAAACAACCGGAGAAAGUCCACCAGAUCCAACUCGACCUUUGGACGUUCAGAGACCUUUUCUUGCAAUCGCCCUAGUUUGUCGUCAGUUGGAAGUGAUCAAGAAUUUUGUCUACCUUGUUGACCCCAAUCAACCGAAUCGGCUAAUUUCAUACCCACCGGGGACGAGUAUCGCUCUACUCGGUACGCUCAAUUCAGGCAAUGCAGGAGCAUGCUAUGAGAUCAAUUCGUCAACUCUGUCCUCCGACUCAAGUUUGGCUCGCCAAGUAGCCGAUUCACUGGUUUCCGGACAUCCACCGCUUGUUCUCACGCCGGAUGUUCGCAGAGCGAUAGAUUCAUUCCGGUGCUGGUUAGACGAACCCCAUGCAAGACAAUCUUUUCUUCUGGUUGGUCCUGAGGGAUGCGGCAAAAGGUAUAUUACCUGA